AUGGCAAUGACAGAAGCCGAUCGAAAGCGCAUGGGCAAACCUCAUGCGGAGCUGAUUGCAGCACUUCAAAAGGCACCUUUCCCAGAUCUCUCAAACGGCAACCCGGACGCUUCAGUCCAGGACAUUCGCCACAAUCGCGCAUCUCAUCUAGCCAAACUGCGACACCUGUACCCUAUCCCAGGGCCCAUAUCGGAUGAAGUACACGAGUCGGAGUAUCAGAUACCCGUUAGAGAUGGCUCUACUAUUCGGGUCCGCGUUUAUGUUCCGACCAAGUCGACCUUGCCCAUCGAUCAGAGACCAUUGAUCAUAAUGUUUCACGAAGGAGGCUGGCGCAUGGGAGACCUGACGGACGAGGACUUGAACUGCCGCAUGUUCUCUCGGGACCUUGGUGCUGUAUGCGUCAAUGUGGAAUACCGACUUGCUCCAGAAUACAGAUUCCCACACGGCGUGAACGAUGCGUAUGACUCUGUCAAAUGGUGCGCAGCGGAGGCAUCGCCAUCUUCGAACAUCCUGCCUUGCGAUCCCGCGAAGGGCUUCCUGGUGGGCGGAGCGUCGGCAGGAGGCAACUUCGCUGCCAUCAUGUGUCAGAUUGCGAGGGAUGAAAGUCUUAGUCCUCCUUUAACUGGACAAUACCUUUGCGUACCGGCUCUCUGCAGCCAGAGCGUGGCACCGGAGGGAUGGAAGGCGCAUAUGCGCAGUCGUGACGAGUCUGCAGAUGACCCGGUCUUGCAACUCAGACCAAAUCGAGACCAGGAAAGGUUGGAAGUGCUGAGAGUUGAGGCGGACAACCCGUUGUACAGUCCGUUGCUCCAUAAAGAUCUCACCAGGCUUCCUCCGGCCUUCUUUCAGCUCGGAGGGCUCGAUCCGCUCAGGGAUGAGGCUUUGGUGUAUGCCGAGAUACUGAAGGAAAACAACACACCCACCAGUGUCCAAGUUUACGAUGGGUUCGGGCACAUGUUCUGGACUAAUUGGCCGACAAUGGAGAGAAGCAAGCAAUUUGUACAGGACACACUUGAGGGAGUGAAGUGGCUUCUGUCGGGUCCAGUCACCAGCACAACAUGA